ACUAGAUGCACCAUUUAUUUUGUAAUACUAGAUGAGGCUGCUGCACCAUUUAUUUUGUGUAGCGCUGGUUCGUCCUGACCACAACUUUGGUUUGGGCUGGUCUUCGGCUUCCCCUCAACAACGCACAGACGACUGUGGGAUCCAACAACAUGGGUACUUCCAUUUCAACCCGGACUCGCAGCCGGAGAUCGGCCUUAUCCCCCAUCUCCGGGACCGCUGCGUCGUCCACCGAGGCUCCUGCGCCCCUUAUCAAUCCUUACGAUUCCUCACGUGAUUGGUCUCCGCGACGGCCCGUUCUGUCCUCCGAUCAGCUUCGUUACUGCUCGGAAGCCCUUAAUGUACUCAAAGAGAAAAAGUUUCAAAGCCCUGGAAAAAUCCGUCAGGAAUUCGGCAUCCUGGAGACUAAUAGGAUGAACGCUGCUGAAAUGCGGAAUAGAUGUUCAGUAGCUCUGUGUGACAUAAACAGCAGUAAAAAUCGCUAUUCUGAUGUAUUGCCAUUUGACAGUAAUAGGAUUAUAUUGAACCCAUGUAAAGACUAUAGACAACCAGCAAAGGGAUAUAUCAAUGCGAGCUUGAUCAGAAUUUCUGAACACGUGUCUUCCUUUAUUGCGACACAAGGUCCAUUGCCUAAUACCUUUGAGGAUUUCUGGGAAAUGGUAAUCCAAAACCGUUGUCCUGCAAUUGUAAUGCUUACACAACUGGUUGACAAUUACAAGAUGAAGUGUGGAGACUAUUUUCAGGCAGAAGAUGGCACUAGAGAAUUUGGGAAUAUAUGCAUCACCACAGAAUGGACAAAAACAACAGACUCUUCCUUAAUAUUGCGUUGCUUGAAGGUUUGGUAUAAAGAGUCAGAAGAACCACCUCUGCAUGUCUUGCACUUUCAGUAUCCUGCAUGGCCUGAUCAUGGAGUUCCAAAGGACACAAUUCUUGUUCGUGAGAUUGUGAAGCACUUAGUUACUGUGCCACCUAGUCUUGGCCCAAUUGUGGUGCAUUGCAGUGCAGGUAUUGGUAGAACUGGAACCUAUUGCACAAUUCACAACACCAUCCAAAAGGUGCUACUCGGGGAUAUGUCCGCUUUAGAUCUUGUAAAUACCAUCUCCGUUUUUAGGUCACAACGAAUUGGGAUGGUUCAAACAUUGGAACAAUAUCUUUUCUGCUACGACGCGAUUAUUGAUGAACUUGAAGAGCUCAUCAAGGAAAACGAUAGACAAGUGCACACCUAAUUGGCACUUUGUAGUAUAUUUGCUUUAUGGAUCUUCUGCAUGGCUAGAGACAUUAAUCUGUGGCCAACAGCCCUUAGUGUUUCUACCCUGGUAUAUGGUUUCCAUGGUAUAGGGAUUAUAUGUUGUUUUCUAUAUGGCACAUUAUUAAUUUGUACUUGUAAACGAUUUUUAGGAAUGCCCAUGAUUGUCACUAGUAGGCCAUGAAGUCUGUAUUUGCUUCACACUAAAUCUGUUAAACGGGGCUAUGUGUGUCCUUUUCACCGGCUAACUAGGUCUCAGUCUACCAGACUGAUUUGGGGAUGUUAUGGUAUAGCUUUUAAAAGAAUACACAUUCUUACAAAUACAGCCUGGUAUUUAUCCCAGUGAGGUACAAAUGAAUAACUGGGUCUCAGUCUACCAGACUGAUUUGGGGAGUCUGGAUAUUGUCUCAAUUUUACAAGGAAACAUGUACCAAAAUAGUCUCUUCUCAAAUGGAUCAAAGGUUUAGUUUUAAAAAAGUUCAGAAAUGUCUCAAAACUCUUUGCCUA